CGGCCGCAGCGGCGCGGUGGGCACUGGGCGGGGAGUCCACAGGCCAUAGCCUCACGUGAGAGCUGAAAAGGGAAGAACCGGGACGGCGCCGGGCUCUGAAGGAGUUUUUCCACUAUGAGGACGCGAAACCUGCUCCCCGCCCUGCUGAGCCUCUCGCUGGCGCUGCUGGGGCCUGGCGAUGGAGCUAUUGUGUUGUCAGUCCCUGAAGUGGUUUCUCUAGAAAGUGGAAGUUCAACAAAUGUCACUAUCUCUCUGAGGGCUCCACUAAAUGAGACACUGGUGAUAACUCUUAAUAUUACAUACUCCUCAAAGCACAGCACCAUUGUUGAACUUCCUGAUGAGGUACAGUUCCCUGCAGGUCACACUAAAGCAGACUUCCAAGUGAAAGCAGAUGAUGUGGGACAAGUAACAGUUUACCUUUAUGCCAAUAAUUCCAACUUAACUGGGCCUAGGAUUCAAUUUCAAGUGAUUCACAGCAUCAUAGCAAGAUAUGCUAAUGAGGUGAUUGGCUGGAUCUAUUUCCUCGCCUGGUCCGUCUCCUUUUAUCCUCAACUCUUUGAGAACUGGCGACGGAAAAGUGUUGUUGGACUAAGCUUUGACUUCAUAGCAUUAAACCUUACUGGCUUUAUAGCAUACAGCGUGUUUAAUGUUGGGCUCUUCUGGAGUCCCUUGAUUAAGGAGGAAUUCCUGGUCAGUUAUCCCAGUGGGGUGAACCCUGUGGCCAUCAAUGAUGUUUUCUUCAGUCUCCACGCAGUAGCCCUGACUCUCCUCACCAUCGUUCAGUGCUGCAUCUACGAGAGAGCAGGUCAAAAAGUAUCCAAAGUUGUUGUUGGACUCCUGGCACUUGCGUGGAUCUUCACCUUCACAACGCUGUUCCUGGCUGCAGCUGAAGAGAUGACAUGGCUGCAGUUCUUGUUCUGCUUCUCCUACGUUAAGCUAGCAGUCACACUGAUAAAAUACUUCCCUCAGGCCUACAUGAAUUUCCGUCGGAAGAGUACGGAGGGAUGGAGUAUUGGAAAUGUGUUACUGGACUUCACUGGUGGAAGCUUCAGCCUUCUACAGAUGUUUUUGCAGUCAUACAACAAUGAUGAGUGGAGGUUAAUCUUUGGAGAUCCAACCAAGUUUGGCCUGGGUGUCUUCUCCAUUGUCUUUGAUAUUGUUUUCAUGGCCCAGCACUACUGCCUGUACAGGAGACAAGGGUAUGAACCUUGUGAAUAACAAACAUCACUGAACUUGUCCCUAGCCUGUCUGAGGGCUUUCAAGAUUCUUGCUGCAGUUACCAGAAAUACUGAUUCUGAUCUGUAUGUGACUUGAUCCUCUCUGGGCUGGAACACAAACCGUUGCCUUGCCAAGCACUGACUGCCAGAUGCCUUAAGGACAGCAAGCUUUCAGCUGCACAUGGGUGACUCGUGCCUGUUGAAGCUGCAAACACAGCUCAGUGGGAGCUGUCCAAGCAAUACAUGGCUCUUUUUUCACCAACCACAGGGAAGAGAAAGACCAAAGUCAUGUCUUUCUGAUUGGAGAUGAAGCACAAAGAGCAGAAUUCUGUCUUCCAAAAAUCUGAGAUCACGUUUAAGCAACCACUUAAAAUCUUUAAGUAAUGAUUGAAGACUGUCUGUGGAUCCAAGUGCUGCUGCUGACCUUUCCCAGACAGUUCACAGUCCACCACCACUCAGGCUAACCACAGUGGUACAUCACAAUAAUGAGGUUGGUAACAAAUGCACAGA